AUGGUUGACUCCGACUCAGACAUUUUGAAUGCAAUUGAAGGAAUUGCAAGUGUCAAGUUCGAAUGGUACCAACCUAACCCUCAAGCAGUCAGACAACAUGCUGGAUACUUCCCCUUCAUAAAUAAGUCUGACAUUGACUUGACAAGGUAUGGAAUUUACAAUUCAAUUGAAACAAUUGUCAAUGAACCUUGUAUUCUUACAUGUCUCAGGAACUCUGGUCUUGUUACAGAAGAGAAGAUGAAGUAUCUUGAGUCAUGUGUGAAGACAAGGUACAUUCUCAGAGGUCAAUUGGCAAAAAUUGCACCGUUGGCAAAUGUCAAUAUCCGAGUCAACAUACCUACAGCUAAAGGUUCUUCACAUGACGACUAUGUUGUUGAGUUCAAUUUACCAUGGUUGAAGAUUGUAAUUGUCCACAACCACUUCAUGUUGAACGAAAGUCUUACAAACCCAUUGUUCGGAAAAGGCAAGUGCAACAUUGUCAGAGCUGUAAACAUUCUUUUCGAGAAAGGUUUGUUGGAACCAAUUCCAGAUGACAAGCUGACAGAAACUUUUGUACCAAAAGACGAAACAAACUUUUCAUUGUUAGCAAGACCAAAAGUUGUUCCAGACAAAGUUCUAGUACAAAAGAAGUACACAGUUCCACAAGGAGUUGGUAUGUUCGGAUACCAACCUGAACCAGAAGAACUUCCAAUGAGGUUGCAAGAACUUCAAGAUGCUAUAAACAAACUUCCAUUGAGACAUCCAAUUGACGUCAAAUUGUAUUGGAGAGCAUCUGAGUUAGGUCAGAAGGUUUUAUAUGAAACAGGUUGCUUCGACGAUGUUUAUGAGAUAACAGGAGAA